AUGUGGUACGGUCGGAGUGCGUGGUCAAUGACUACGGAUAGAGUAACCGUACCCAUCGGACUGGCGCGAGCGGUCUCUAGAGUGUGUGAGCCGGUGAGUUGGUCGUCACCCUCAAGGGUCAGAGUGUUUGGAAAUGGUUACUGUUGGGCAUCUUCUCGUGGCAAGACGACUCAGCCGAGACACGCUACUUGUCUUGUUAUGUUAGACUGGGACUGGUUCGACUUGGUUUCUGCAAACUGGAAAACUUCGAAGAGCGUACCCAACACCCACGCUGCCACCGAAUCAAUCGGCAUUGUUGUCAUGCGACUGUUGUCUUCAUUGUUGGGCGGACUUUCAUUUCGUAUGAAAGUGCAUGCUGAAGAGAUUCGUGGACAGUUGAAUCGCAAAAGUUGA